AUGUCUGCUCCUAGAGUCAUCGCCCAGCUGGUGAUCACCGGCGGAAAAGCCUUCGGCAAGGCUACUUUUGCUGCCAUGCAACAAGCUGGCAAAAACUUUACCCACAAGCCUGAAGGCAUGGCCGAUUCUGCACCUCGCUCGGCGGACGGAAAGAAGAAUGCUCUUACAAGCCAAUUGCAGAUGAGCUUGGACGAGGCGCGGUUGAUCUUGAAUGUGAAGAAGGAUGACCCUCUGGAUGUCAUUCAAAAGCACUACGAUGUCAUCUUCAAAGCCAACUCCCCGCCCCCUCCCCCAACCGCCGCCGAAACAAAACCCGGUGCCAAACCCACACCCCCUCCCCGAGCUACUGGCAAAUCCGCCAAGAGCAAGGCUCCCACGCACUCGUUCUACUUGCAGUCCAAGGUGUUUAGGGCUCUGGAGAGAAUAAAAGCAGAGAAGGAGGCGGAGGUGGCCAAGAGCCGGCCAGAAGGAGAGGCCGCUGCUGAAGCGGGGGCUGAGCAGCCGAAGGGGGAGCAAAAGGAAGGGGAGAGCAGAUAG